AUGGGUAGUGUUACUUCCAUUCAGCAAAACUGUGAAGAACAAGCCCAAGACCCAAAGGCAGCUCCACUCACUCUCGCGCUAGCUCGGGUACGACAGCUCUAUAAUGCUGCCGCUAUGAAUUUCGGUGCGGUUGAUCUCUGUUCUAUUACACGCUUAUUGCGUUGUUCGCUUUCUGAAACAUAUAAAGUAGAUCGGCAGACGUUGGUAGUCUUAGGUGGUGCAAUCAUAUAUCUUGCAAUGCCAUGCGAUGCUAUUCCUGGCUUCAUUCCAAUCUUAGGAUAUCUAGAUGAUGGCUAUGUGUUGCGUCAGGCCAUAAAUAUGUGCUUGUCGGAAAUACGAAAUUUUCAGCAGUGGGAACAAGCACAACAACAACAAUAA